UGUGUAAAAUAUUUUAACCCAAAACCAUUGUAUCUAUACUCAUAUUCAUUAUGAAUUUAUUGCUUCUAAGAUUGAUAAACAACAAUGGUGGUUGCCUCAAAAAAAAAAAAAAAGAUUCGAGCUUGUCAAAGCCAUGUGGUAUAGAACUUAAAAGUAUGUCAAUUUUCUUGUCUAAUUACCUAACCGUACAAACCUUUGUGAUUCCUCGUUCAAUAGUUUUCCUUUUUGGUCAAAACUUCAAACCGAAUAAAUCCUGUCACAAACGUGUUUGUUACAGUGUGUGAGCAGCAUAUACUUUUAGUCUCUUAAAACCCUUCGCAUGUUUUUUUUUUUUUUUGUUGUUGUUGUUCAAAAUCUCUGCUUUUCUCAUGUUAUGGAAACCAACAUGAAAAACCCAGUUUCUGGUUUUCUGGUUUCAUUGAUCUAUGUUCUGUAUUUUGCUCAGUUUUGUUGUGCUGUUGAUACAAUCAGACAAGGAGAAAGUGUUGCAGAUGGCGGCGAUAGUUUAGUGUCUGAAAAUGAAACAUUUGAACUAGGGUUUUUCAGUCCUGAAAACUCAACUUUCAGAUAUGUUGGAAUUUGGUAUAGGGUUGAUGUGAAAACAGUUGUAUGGGUUGCAAAUAGAGACAACCCAAUACCAACCAAGAAUGGUGUUUUAAGGAUUGGGGUUGAUGGUAACUUAGUUGUUCUUAAUGGGAACACUAAUUUGGUUUGGUCAUCUAAUCUUACAGGUUUAUCAAACAACACAGCAGCAAUUCUCAGGGAUACAGGCAAUUUAGUGUUAUCAAACACUGAUACAAGUAAAGUUCAUUGGCAAAGCUUUGAACAUCCAACUGAUACAUUUUUGCCUGGUAUGAGAGCACCAGUAAGUUCAUUAAUAGGUGAGUUUCAUGUUUUUAGAUCAUGGAAAUCAAGUAAUGAUCCUUCGUUAGGGAAUUUCACUAUGGGUGUUGAUCCUAAUGGUGGUCCACAAAUUAUUAUAUGGGAUCAAAAUAAGGGAAGAAGAUGGAGAAGUGGGCAAUGGAAUUCAGUGAUCUUUACAGGGAUACCUAACAUGAGUGAUAUUGCUAGUUUCUUGUAUGGGUUUAAGUUAUCACAACCUGAUGAAAAUAGGACACAAUAUUUCACAUAUGAUCCUUCAAGCCCUUCCGAUUUGUUGAGGUUUAGGUUAACUUGGGAUGGAAGGGAACAACAAUCGAGGUGGGACGAUGAUCGGAAAAUGUGGACCGUUAUGCAGACACAGCCGGAUCCGGGUAAUGUAUGUGACCUGUAUAACCAUUGUGGUAACCAUGCUACUUGUGAUAACUUUGAAGCUGUGAAAUGUAGUUGUAUAGAUGGGUUUAGGCCAAAGUCCCCAGAUCAAUGGAGUAAAGGGAAUUGGUCGGGUGGUUGCGAACGGCGGAUCGAAUUGCAGUGCCAGAGGACUAAUGGUAGUGCAGGGGAAGAUGGGUUUAAAGGAUUAAAGCACGUAAAGUUACCUGAUUCGUCAAACUUGUUGUUGUCUGCUGGUAAUAUAGAUGCUUGUGAAACAAGUUGCUUGGGGAAUUGUUCGUGUACCGCGUAUGCGUUUAUUUCUGGAAUUGGAUGUAUGACAUGGGAAGGGGAUUUGGUUGAUCUUCAACAUUUGGAUGAAGCUGCAAAUUUACAAUUCUUCUACCGCGUCCAUCGUUCGGAAUUAGAUGGCAGUCGGAAGAUAUCCAACAUUGUGAUAAUUAUAAUCUCUGUGUUGGGGGCAUGCUUCUUGGUGGUCACCAUAUGGUUACUAUGGAGAUACAAGAAGCAGCUUAGAGGUUUGCCUGUAGUUUCAUCGAUGCCGUGUUGCAAGGAGGAUGACGUAGCGGUUAUUAACGAGUCCAAGAACAAAGAAUUUUCAGCAGAUCUAUCAGGAGGACCAGUUGACAUACUUAUAGACGGGAGUCAAGUUAACGAACCGGAGUUAACCGUCAUUAACUUCAGUAGUUUGGCAGCUGCAACGAAGAACUUUAGUGAAGCAAACAGGCUUGGACACGGAGGUUUCGGUACCGUAUACAAGGGAGAGCUACCCGGUGGCCAAGAAAUAGCUGUAAAGCGGCUUUCGGGACAGUCAGGGCAAGGCCUAGAAGAGUUCAAAAAUGAGAUUAUAUUGAUUGCUAAACUGCAACAUAGGAAUCUUGUUAGACUAUUAGGCUGUUCCAUUGAAGGGGAUGAAAAGAUGUUGAUUUAUGAAUACAUGCCUAAUAAAAGCUUGGACUAUAUUCUUUUUGAUGAAACCAAGCAAGCAAAGCUAGAUUGGCGAACCCGAUUCGGCAUCAUUGAAGGCAUUGCAAGAGGACUCCUUUAUUUACAUCGAGAUUCAAGGCUUCGAAUCAUUCAUAGAGACUUGAAAGCCAGUAACAUCUUGUUGGACGCUGAAAUGAAUCCGAAGAUUUCAGACUUUGGCAUGGCUAGGAUCUUUGGGGGAAACCAAAAUGAAGCGAAUACGAUUCGAGUCGUUGGCACAUAUGGAUAUAUGUCACCUGAAUAUGCAAUGGAAGGAUUAUUUUCAGUGAAGUCUGAUGUGUACAGCUUUGGGGUAUUACUGUUAGAAAUUGUUAGUGGCCGGCGAAAUACUAGCUUCCGUUCAUCUGAUUAUACAAGUCUUAUUGCAUAUGCAUGGAGUCUUUGGAAUGAAGAUAAAGCAAUGGAGAUGGUGGAUCCAUCCAUUAGAGAUUCAUGCUCGACAACCCAAGUGUUGAAAUGCAUACACAUAGGGAUGCUAUGCGUGCAGGACUCAGCCAUGCACAGGCCAACAAUGGCUGCCGUGGUGUUAAUGCUAGAGACCGAAACACCAACACUCCCAAUGCCGAAACAACCCACAUAUACCUCCAUGAGAAGCUUGAUGGAUGCAGAAUAUAGUAUGGAUAUUCAUGAAACUGCAUCGUCUAAAGAUGUCACUGUGACAAUGGUGGAUGAAAUGGAAAGUAUGGGAAAUUUAACCACAAUUCACCAUUUUUGCUUCUUCUUCACUGUGUUUUUUAUCUUCUUCCCUAAAAUUUCUGUUUGUGUUGAUACUUUGAGUGGUACACAGUUUAUUACACAGAACCAAACUAUUGUCUCUCAAGGUGAUGUGUUCGAGCUUGGAUUCUUUAAUUUGGAUAAUCCAGGUGAAUGGUAUGUUGGGAUAUGGUACAAGAACAUACCCGACAGGACAUAUGUGUGGGUUGCUAACAGAGAUAACCCUGUUUCGAACUCAUCAGGUGUUUUCAAAGUGGAGGAUCGGAACUUGGUGUUGUUAGACGAAGGGAACAACCUUGUUUGGUCCUCGAACAUAACAAAGGGUGAUGCAGACAAGUAUAAUCCAGUGGCACAGUUGUUGGAUUCUGGGAAUUUGGUUCUGAGAGAAGCGAAUUCCGAUGGUGAAACCGACUACUAUUUAUGGCGAAGCUUCGAUUAUCCGACCGAUACGUUAUUACCAGACAUGAAACUCGGGUGGGAUUUAAACACAGGUUUCAACCGGUUUUUGACGUCUUGGAAAACAAGAAACGAUCCUUCGUCUGGUGAUUUCACAUUCAAGUUAGAUUACAAAGGAUUCCCGGAAAUAUUUUUACGGAACAAACAAGAUAUCGAAUACCGAAGUGGUCCGUGGAACGGUCUUCGAUUUAGCGGCGUACCGGAAAUGAAACCGCUCGAUUACAUGAACUUCAGCUUCGUCACUAACCAAGACGAGGUAUAUUACUCGUUUUAUAUUACGAACAAUAAUUUGUUUUCCAGGUUAAGAGUGACACCAACCGGUACACUUGAAAGACUAACAUGGAUACCCGACACCAAGCAAUGGAAUCCGUUUUGGUACGCGCCGAAAGAUCAGUGCGACAAAUACAGCGAGUGCGGUCCGUAUGGUAUAUGUGAUACUAACGCUUCCCCUGUUUGUAAAUGUCCUAAAGGGUUUACACCAAAGAAUGAACAAGCUUGGGAUUUGAGAGAUGGGUCUAGUGGUUGUGUUAGAAAAAAUGAUUUGGAUUGUGGGAAAGAUAAGUUCUUGCAUUUGGUCAAUAUGAAAUUGCCUGAAAGUACAAAUACUGUGGUGUAUAGGUCCAUGAAUUUCAAGGAUUGCCAAGCUUUUUGUGCUAGGAAUUGUUCUUGUACUGCUUUUUCUAAUUGGGAUAUUAGGAAUGGGGGUAUAGGGUGUGUUAUUUGGAUUGGUGACCUUAUUGAUUUGAGGCAAUAUACAAGUGAUGGUGGUGGGCAAGAUUUGUUUAUUCGAUUGGCAGCUUCAGAUUUAGGAGAUGGUGGGAAUACAACUGCUGUAAUUACAGGCACUACAGUGGGUGGUGGCGUUUUGAUUUUAGGACUGAUAGCCAUUGUCAUAUGGAAGAAGAAGAAGGCAAUGAAAAGAAGUGGAAAAAUAGAAAAGAAAGGUCCUCUUGAAAGAAGUCAAGAUUUUCUAUUGAACGAAGUGGUCAUCUCAGGCAAGAAGGAAUACUCGGGCGAAAGUAAUCCCGAUGAAAUUGAAUUACCAUUGUUCGAUUUCAACACCAUUGUAACGGCUACAAACAACUUCGCCGAUGAAAAUAAGCUCGGACAAGGUGGUUUCGGAAGUGUAUACAUGGGUAGGUUGCUUGAGGGUGAAGAAAUAGCUGUAAAAAGGCUUUCAAAGAACUCGGGGCAAGGGACUGAAGAGUUCAAGAAUGAGGUUAGGUUAAUUGCAAGGCUACAACAUCGGAACUUGGUUCGACUUGUAGGUUGUUGCGUCGAAACAGAUGAGAAGAUGUUAGUUUACGAGUACAUGGAAAACAGAAGCCUUGAUUCUGUGUUAUUCAAUAAAGCAAAAAGCUCCCUGUUAAAUUGGCAAAAGCGGUUCAACAUUAUUUGCGGUAUUGCUAGAGGAUUAUUGUAUCUUCACCAGGAUUCGAGGUUUAGGAUCGUGCAUAGAGAUCUCAAAGCAAGCAACAUUUUGCUUGACGGAAAAAUGAACCCGAAAAUUUCGGAUUUUGGGAUGGCUAGAAUAUUUUCUGGUGAUCAAAUUGAGGCUAAUACUAAGAGAGUUGUUGGAACUUAUGGUUAUAUGUCGCCUGAAUACGCAAUGGAUGGUAAUUUCUCAACAAAAUCUGAUGUUUUUAGCUUUGGUGUUUUGGUGUUGGAGAUUGUCAGUGGGAAGAAGAACAGAGGAUUUUAUCACUCAAAUAGUGAACUCAACCUUCUAGGCCAUGCUUGGAGAUCAUGGAAAGAAGGGAAGGGAUUGGAGUUAAUAGAUCCAGCAGUGGGUGAUACCUAUGAUGAACAAGAAGUGCUGAGGUGCAUUCAGGUCGGCUUGUUGUGCGUUCAAGAACGUGCCGAAAACCGGCCGACGAUGUCAACGGUGGUGUUGAUGUUGAACAGCGAAACAGCAACAAUGGCUCAGCCUAAAACACCUGGCUUUUGCCUUGGAAGAAACACACAUGAAACAGAUUCAUCUACAAGCAAGCAAGAUGAAUCAUGCACUGUGAACCAAGUCACUGUUACAAUGCUAGAUGCUAGGUAGUGAAAAGCUUCACAUGCCUCAUCCAUGGCUAUGUUGUAUAUUCUUAUUUAUUAUUUUAAAGCUUUUUUCUAUAACUUUUGUGGCAGUUUUGGGUCUUCCAUUAAAUUUUUUUUUUUUUUUGUUAAAGAAAGAAUUGUGAUUCAUGGUUGAUUUCGUAGUCCUUUGUCUUUCUGUGCUGAUUUGCUAGUUGAAUGGUAAAUAAAUGGGAACACUAAUCUUCAAGAAAAGCUCUAAUUGAUGUGUAAUUAUGAUUGUGCAUUGUAAUAGAUUAUCAUGAUCAAUAGACGGAUAUAGUAUUA